AUGGCCGAUCAAUCAAACCUUACUCUCUCUUUCUCAAUCUCUCUUUCUCUCUCAUUUCUCACAUUAACUCAAAACAGUUUCCAUGGAUUACAAAACCACAACAAUCCUAGCCGCGGCCUCAUGCUCCAUCUUCAUGUUGAUCAUCUUGUUUAUCUUAAUCGUUACGUUCAUAUGUCGUCGUCGUCCUGCAAUCGAAGACCAACCUCGCCGGAAUUAUAACUUCCCCGAUCGCGAUCUUAACCCCUCCGACAAGGUAACCGAAAGCGCUAGCUUCGAUCCUUCAAUAUGUGAAAUAUCCAUGGCUGAACUUACUAUAGUAACCAAGAAUUUCUCAUCGGAUCUUAUCAUUGGUGAUGGAAGUUUUGGUCUCGUUUAUAGAGCUCAGCUCUUAAACGGCGUCGUAGUAGCCGUGAAAAAACUCGAUCACGAUGCUUUACAAGGAUUCCGAGAGUUCAGAGCAGAAAUGGAGACUCUUGGUAGUCUUAACCAUCCAAACAUUGUUCGGAUUCUCGGUUUUUGUAUUUCGGGUUCGGAUCGGAUUCUGAUCUAUGAGUUCUUAGAGAAAAGUAGUUUAGAUUAUUGGCUACACGAGAAUACUGAAGAGAACAGUCCGUUGACUUGGUCAACUCGCGUGACUAUUGCACGCGAUGUGGCCAAGGGUUUAGCGUAUUUACAUGGACUACCGAAGCCGAUUAUACAUAGAGAUAUCAAAUCGAGUAACGUAUUGUUAGAUUCGAAUUUCUCGGCUCGUAUAGCGGAUUUCGGAUUAGCGCGUAGUAUGGAUGCAUCGAGGUCGCAUGUGUCGACACAAGUGGCAGGAACUAUGGGGUACAUGCCACCAGAGUAUUGGGAAGGGAAUACCGCGGCUACGGUUAAAGCUGAUGUUUAUAGUUUCGGUGUUCUGAUGUUGGAAUUGGCGACGCGGAGACGGCCGAAUUUGCCGGUUGUUGUUGAUGAUAGUAAGGAGGUUGGUUUGGCUCAAUGGGCAGUGAUCAUGGUGGAGCGAAGUAGGUGUUAUGAAAUGUUGGAUUUUGGAUGUGUUGUUGGUGGUGAGAAGGGUGUGGAAGAGUAUUUUAGAAUUGCUUGUCUUUGUAUAAACGAGUCGACUAGAGAAAGGCCUAACAUGAAUCAAGUUGUUGAGUUGUUGGAAGAUUUGUGUCGAUUUAUGUAUGAAGUCGUUACUCCAUAAGGUAGUAGAUUUAUUUAAUUACAGUAUGUUUAUAGUCUUUUCUGCUACCAAAAAAAAAAAAA